AUGCCUCUCUCCAACGAUGAGCGAGGAUGGGUGAUGACCUGCUUAAGCGGGAUCGCGUCCAUCAUCUGCAUCGACAUCCUCAUCCGCCAGUUCCCCGGCAAACGAGGCUUUCGCAUCCAGGACAGCGAUGUCUUCCUCAGCUCCUCCCUCAGUCUCAGCUUUGGGGUGAUGCUCUUCUCAGCGUUGUACAAGAUGCUACCCUCGUCAAAAAGCUCUCUCAUGAAAGCAGGCUUCACUUCCCAAGAAGCCGCGUGGAUCCUGAUUGCCUGUUUCCUUGGUGGGGUUAUCGGUAUUCAGUUCAUUACCAACAUCCUGCAUGGCUUCAUGCCAACUCACGCCGUCGAUUGCGACCAUUCACAUGAAGCCGAGGAUGGCCAUGGCGAAACUAAGCGUGCCGACCAACAUCAACGCCCAGGCUCCUCCCUUUCCCGCCGGAAAAGCUCCCUGCCCGGCCACAUUUUCCACAACGGCAGCGGUAAAGGCUACCAAUCGCGUCAGACCUCUUACUUUACUCCCACCCACUCUCACGCUCAAUACGGCCCUACGGAGGAGUCGGAAGACCAGUACUCCACCGUACGACGGCCUUCCCUCCAUCAGCGCGUCACCAACAAGCUAUCUCAACUCAGUCUCAGCAAGCCCGAAUGCGACUCCACCGGCCCAUGUCACGGCUUCAGCGAUCCUUGUGGUAACGAGUGCUUCAAGAACAUCACCGCCCGAGGUGGCUUCCGUGCAAUAGGCAGGACGGGAUCGACGAAGAAGAAACCCAGCCUUACUCGCAUCACCACCGUCGACCCCAUCGUCGAGACCGAAACCACCCCGUUACUCGAGCAGAUAUCCGAGGUGUCCGCACGACCUCACAUCCACCACCACCACGACUCCUCCACCCCUGCAUCAUAUCACACCCAAGAGCCAGCCUCUCCCACCCUCGACGACCAGGAUCCCCCAACACCCACCCAAGAAACCUCUCCGCCCCCACCCGAACUCCACCAUCACCACGUCCCGACCAACGCCUUCCUCUCCAUCGGUCUGCAAACCAGCAUCGCCAUCGCCCUGCACAAGCUUCCCGAAGGCUUCAUCACCUACGCCACCAACCACGCCAACCCCUCCCUCGGCGUCUCCGUCUUCCUCGCCCUCUUCAUCCAUAACAUCACCGAGGGCUUCGCCAUGGCCCUCCCCCUCUACCUCGCCCUCAACUCCCGCCUGAAAGCCAUGCUCAUCUCCUUCCUGCUCGGCGGCCUGUCGCAACCCAUCGGCGCCGCCGUUGCAGCCGUGUGGUUCAAACUUGCCGGCCGAGGCAACUGGGCGCCUAGCGAGGGCAUGUACGGCGGCAUGUUUGCCGUUACCGCGGGCAUCAUGGCGAGCGUGGCGCUGCAGUUGUUCAGCGAGAGUUUGGACUUGACGCAUUCGCGCGCGCUGUGCAUGUUUGGUGCUUUUGCGGGCAUGGGCAUUUUGGGGAUUUCGAGUGCGCUGACUGCUUGA